GCCUGGGCGGCGGCCGGGGCGAGCGAGUGCGUUGGAGCGGGAGGAGGGGGGAGAGGAGGAGGUGGCGGCGCGGCUGCUCCGGACUGGGCCUCCGAUCCGAUCCGGCUACCUGUGGCCCAGGGAGGGCGCCUGUGCCGAGAGCGGAGCGGGAUUCUCGGAACCACAGACUCAGCCGGACAGUGGGUGCCGAACCGGGGCCGGACUUGGGGCUCCCGAGGCGAGCGAGCCGGCUGCAGAGAGCGGCAGCGCGCGGGCAGGAGGGUCUCCGAGGGGUGUCGGGGAAGGCGAACCCUGUUCCCACGCCCCCACGCUCCCUAAAAAAGGACGACGCUAAGCCCAGGAUGCUUCGCUCCCGCUCCCUGGACGCCCCAACGCUGGGCGAAUUUGCUGCCCAUUCUGGCCGGAUGCCGGCGCGCGCGUUGAAGCCGGCGGGCUGACACCCUCCGCGCCAGCCCGGAGCCCCUGGCCCCGCCCACUCCCGCUGGGGACCCCGGGAGGGGCGGAGCAGGCUUUCCAUUGGGAGGCUGCGCCCCACUCCGCCCUCCGCCCGCCCCUCAGGGUUGCUGUAAACACGAGCCCCUGGGGGCGUGCUUGGCCGCGCCGCUCCUCGCCGGUCUCCACCCGCUGCACACAGCCCUCAGGCCCUUCUCUCCCGCUUCCCACCUGCGCCAGGUGACUCGCAGGGCUGCAGCCAUGGUUCAGCAGGCGCUCUUCCGGGCGCUGGUGUCCACCAAGUGGCUGGCGGAGUCGGUUCGGAAUGGCAAGGUGGGGCCCAGCCUGCGGGUGCUGGACGCGUCCUGGUACUCACCCGGCACCCGGGACGCGCGCAAAGAGUACCUGGAGCGCCACGUGCCCGGCGCCUCCUUCUUCGAUAUAGAGGAGUGCCGGGACAACGCGUCCCGCUUCGAGAUGAUGCUGCCCAGCGAGGCUGGCUUUGCCGACUACGUGGGCCGCCUGGGCAUCAGCAACAGCACGCACGUGGUGGUGUACGACGGGGACCAUCUGGGCAGCUUCUACGCCCCGCGGGUCUGGUGGAUGUUCCGCGUGUUCGGCCACCACACCGUGUCGGUGCUCAACGGCGGCUUCCGGAACUGGCUGAAGGAGGGCCACCCGGUGACCGCCGAGCCCGCGCGGCCGGAGCCCGCCGUCUUCAAAGCCUCCCUGGACCGCGCCCUGCUGAGCACCUACGAGCAGGUGCUGGAGAACCUCCAAUCUAAGAGGUCCCAGCUGGUGGAUUCGCGGCCCCGAGGGCGGUACCUGGGCACCGAGCCCGAGCCGGACGCCGUCGGACUGGAGUCCGGCCACAUCCGCGGUGCCCUCAACAUGCCGUUCACCGAGUUCAUGACAGAGGACGGCUUCGAGAGGAGCCCGGGGGAGCUCCAGGCCAUGUUCCAGGCUAAGGAGGUGGACCUGGCCCGGCCCAUCAUUGCCACGUGCCGGAAGGGCGUCACCGCCUGCCACGUCGCCCUGGCCGCCUACCUGUGUGGCAAGCCCGACGUGGCCAUCUACGACGGCUCCUGGUUCGAGUGGUUCCACCGGGGGCCCCGGGAGACAUUUGUGUCCCAGGGGAAGCCCUGAGCCCCCCCCCCAACCCGGCGCUCCAUGCAUUUCAGCUCGCCAUCCGUGUGGGCCGUCGCCUCCCCAGCACGCCGGAAUAAACGUAUUUGAG